AUGCCGAUAUUUCAGGAUCCAGAGGCCCAGGGCCGGGAGUAUAGCUGCUGGUCUCCUGCCCUGCCUCUACGCCGUCCUACAACUCCGCAGCAGCAGCAGCGGCAGCAGCAUCUCCAGCACCAGCAAGACCAUGAACAGCCGGAGCUGGCAGACGAGGAAGACGAGAUGAUGCUAGAGCAGUCCUCUGCUGACCAGAACAUGGAGUCCGCCUGUCAUGGCCCCCCGACCAGUAGCCGUGAGGAGCUCAUCCGCAGAAUCAAGGACGGCCAGAGCCCUACCUGGAUCCCCAACCGUGCUCAGCCUCGGAGCGUUUGGGUGAUGUUCUGGAGUUUUCAUACAUCCCCCCUCCCCCUUGACUACCGUUUUGAUAUCACCCGUAUUUUCCUACUUAUUGCUAACACACUACUAAAACAGCUCGAAGAAUACUUUGCUACGCAUGGUGACUCUCCGCUCGAGAGGCUGGAGGAAAAGAAGCGGAAUGGCUCGCCUUUGCUGCCGUCCGUAGAGCUUGAACGGUCCCCGGACCAGGAGGCCCCCAGCUACAGGUCCUGUGGCUCUCCCGUCAGCAUUGAGCGGCCCAGGUCGGCCCUUCAUUCGGGAGAUUUCCGCGAAGGAUCUCCCAAACUGCUUGGAAUCGAGCAGCUGGCUGAGCCGUCUUCUUGCGUUGCUUCUUCCUCUUCUUCUUACCAGGAGCCAGGAUGGGUAGACUCGAACAUCGAGAUCCCUCCUGCACCGCUGGACCCCUUUGCCAGUCUCAACUUCGGCCACCGCCAGGCCCUGGCCUCUCUCACGGGGAGAUCCAGAGCCCCUUCUCUCGGCUCUGUCCCCUCAAGUUACGUCCUCAAGGCUCCCACAAGCCCGCUGGUCAUCCAGGCAAACAACCCGGACCUAGACUUCUCCGUCAAGGAUGAACAUAUGGACAUAUGUUCAACCAGCUCGGAAAAGGCCAACAGACGACGGACUCUGCCGCCAGAGACGUUUCGGAAUUUUCCUUCUUCUUCUUCUUCUUCUUCCUCUUACUACCAGGCUCACCAGCCCCGGAGAUCUAUCACUUCCAUGCGGAGCUUGCAGAUGGCCUCGUCUCCCCAGGGAGCAGGACAUGAUUUUCUUCGUCCCAGACGGCCCUCUCAGUCUGCAGAGGCAUCUCCCUUACACCAUGCUUCCAUGGUUGGAUCGUUUGAAGAGUCUAUCCUCAGAGGCAGGAUGUCGACCAACCCAUCUAAACCACUGGAUUUCACCGCCGAAAUAGGCGUCCUUGGAAAGGGCAAUUGCAAGUCGAACCUGAGGUGUCCACCACACGUUAUGGUCCCCUUCCCAGCAGUCUUCUACAGCUACUCAGGCUCGGCCAGCGGUAAGAACAUAGCAGACGACAGUCCAAGUCCAUACGUUGGCUUUAUCGACCUUGAAAACUCCCUCCCGGCUGAAAGCAGACCUGCUACCAAAAAGCCAAAGAAGCAGGUUGCUCCUCGAAAGUGUCCCUGUCACCCUCCUGAAGAGAUCCCUUCUUCAGACAUAUCCCUCUCGCCACGCGGUGAGCUCAGAGCCAGAGAAAAGCGAUCUCGCCGCUCACAAUCCCCAAAGUCGCCGCCAGGAGGCUGCUAUCGCAUCCCACAGCAGGGACAGCUACAGAUCAUCAUCAAGAACCCAAACAAGACGGCCGUCAAGCUAUUCCUCGUGCCAUAUGACCUAGAGGGCAUGGAACCAGGAACCAAAACCUUCAUCAGACAACGCAGCUAUUCCACUGGUCCAGCCGUGGACAUACCACAGGCUAGCACCGCCACCCCUGAUCCCCAGGAUAAACCCGUCCUUCGCUACCUGAUACACAUCAACAUCUGCUGUCCCUCCCGGGGCCGUUUCUACCUAUACUCCGGCAUCCGUGCUGUCUUCGCAAACCGCGUGCCAGAUGGCAAGGAGAAACUACGUAACGAAUUACAGUACCCCGAGCCACGAUUCAGCACGUACAAAUUAUCCAAGGAAUCAGCCAGAUUCGCUGCCGAGAAGGCCCAACAGCACCGCCGUCGUAGCUCUGGUAUCAAACUAGGCAACCGAGAUAGGGAGCAGAUCAUUCCCACUUCCUCCUCGUCAUUUACUUCCCAAUCUCCCCAGCCUACUUCUGCAUUUCAACUGCGUCCCCCAUCCCUGCACGCCCAGAUGUCUGACCCUCUGAACCUGCGAGUUGACCAUGGGCGUGCAAAGGACCAGGGGAAUCCAUUCCCAAGCCCACUAUACAUGUCUCCCACGGCAUGGCAUAUGCGGCCUACCGCAGGCAUGCUAGAUACUUUUGACGGCAUAUCAGAUGCUCCUUCAACCUCUCCUCGAUCAAAAACGGCUCCCUUCACAUCCUUCACUCCCCGCCCAGCCCAGGACGUCCAGCAACAGCAACAGCAACAAGAACAGUCCAUACCUUUACCACCCAUACAAAAUCUCCAGCUCCCGCCCCUAUCAAACUCUAGACCUUCCAGCAGAUCAUCCAAUGCCGAAAGUCUGCUAUCUCUCAAACUACGGGAUCUGAACGAGUCAUCUCCUCCGUCUCCAUAA